AUGAAAAUCCAGUUUGGCGAGACGGUCAGUGAUCUUCGUGAUAGAUUCAGAGAAUUUUCCACAGCCACGAGCUUGAAGCUUUCAUAUUUGGCAAUUGAGUGCAUCGAAGAGAUUCAUAAAAUCGGAUUUAUUCAUCGAGAUAUAAAACCGGCAGUUUAUGCGAUUGGAUUAGAAUCGGAAGAAAGUCAAUUAUUCCUUCUUGGAUUUGGCCUUGCACGACGUUACAAGACAACUGACAAAAACACAUCGGUGAAAAAACGCAAUAAAGUGCAUCGAAUGGGUAAUAUCCGUUAUAUGUCGAGAAACUCUCAUAAAUAUUUGGAACGGUCUCGUAAAGAUGAUCUGGAAAGUUGGCUUUAUAUGAUUGUUGAAUUUUUCUUGACCACAUCAUCACUGCCAUGGGAGGAUGAAAAGAAUCAUACAGCGGUGCUAAAAAAAAAGGAAGCUUUUAUGAAUAACGGUUAUCUCAAAAUAUUUAAAAAAUGUAAAGGGUUGCCAGUCGGUGUAAAUACCGUACUACGCCAAAUAAACAGCUUUCAAUAUGAUACAAAACCGGAUUACCAUUUAAUCAAAAACAUUUUCCGAAAUGCUAUUGUGAACGGCAAUUAUAAGUCUGAAAAACUGGACUGGGUGAAAGGGAAGGAAGAUGAAAUGGUACGAGCAGGCGCAUGCGAAUCCAAGAUUUUCAAUGUAAAAUCUGAAAGAGAGAGAGAAUUCAGUCAACGAUCCCAGCGAUCGGUUAGGCUAGAACAGAAAGAACGCGACUUGGGAUCGAAAAGUGUUGACGAACAACAAUCUGUAUUCAUGAUGCCAAAGUCUAGCAGUCCCAAAUCAAAAAUAUUAGGUUUACAUGAUACAAAAAGUUGUUAUUAUACGCCUACGAUCAAUGCUAACGAAAGUUCUUAUGUAUUGGAAUCGAAGACUUCCAAAUCAAAACCCGGAAAGAAAAACACAAAGUCGAAGUCACGGAAAUCUCGAAAUCGUUAA